CAUUGAAUUUAAUGUCAAAUAGUAACAACAAACUAAAAAGCUUACUGAAAGUUAAAACAAGCUACAAUAACUUCGAUUAUAACGAUUUUUUAACUUAGUAUAGAUAAAUUGUGUUGUAUUCGAACAUAAAAAUGCAUCAUGGUGAAUGUAAUGAAAGGAGUUCUUGUUGAAUGUGAUCCAGCUAUGAAACAGUUUUUGUUGCACUUAGAUGAAACAUCAGCCCUAGGUAGAAAAUUUAUCCUUCAAGAUUUAGACGAGACACAUCUAUUCAUAUCAUCUGAUAUUGUAGAAACUUUACAAGCAAGAGUUGAUGAUUUAAUGGAUCAAUUAAGCAUACCUGUACAUGAUAAGGGAUUGUAA